AUGCAUCCCUCAGCACCUGACGCCUCUAUUCCGUCGGAGUUCGACGACGAGGUAGACAACGCUCUUCUUCACACUGGAGAAGCUUGGGCAUACCCAUGCAAACUCGAAUCGUGUCCCGAAUACGGGAAAACUUGGCUAUUGCGCAGCAAUUUCCUUCUUCACCUGAAGGAACAAGAGGCGCAUUCAGUGACGGCGACAACACCUGAAGCGCGCCGUGAUAUCGAACUGGCGUGGCGCUAUACUACUGAUAUCCACCUACCACCUCGUGGAGCCCCGGGUUUUCGGUCGCGAGCGGAUCCAGCCGAGCAUAUUUGGGAGUACGGAUUCAGGGAUCAGACUGGCAAAAUGGUGAACCGCAGAGGAACCCAGAAGCAGAUGGAGCAGGACUUGGCCCAGAGUCGCCAAAAGUAG